AAAAAAAAAAAGAAAAUUGCUUAUAGGCCGUCUACAACUCCAUUUUCCCUUCCCUUUCAUUUCCCAGUUCCCACGCCCUAUUUUUACGUCACAGUUUUACUUUCUGCUCCUCUCCAGCAAAACCCUAAUUCCCGAUAGCUGCUCCAAUUCUCCGUCCCUAGGCUUUGAUUUAGCUGCAUAUCUUUCCAUUCAGGUAAUCCCGGAAUUUCCCUCCAUAUAUGUUGCAAAUCACGCGUUGAUGGCCUCCACGGCGAAUUCCAAGGCCGGCGACGACACGUGCUCGAUUUUUGCAAGCGAGACGGUGAACGGGUCGCACCGGUUUACCGUACAGGGAUACUCGUUGGCCAAAGGGAUGGGCGUGGGGAAGUACAUAAUGAGCGACACCUUCACGGUGGGCGGCUACGACUGGGCGAUUUACUUUUACCCCGACGGUAAAAACCCCGAGGACAACUCGAUAUACGUUUCGGUAUUCAUUGCGCUCGCGAGCGAUGGCGCGGACGUGAGGGCGUUGUUCGAGCUGUCCAUGUUGGACCAGAGCGGGAACGGGAACAACAAGGUGCACAGCCACUUUCAACGAGCGCUGGAGAGCGGGCCAUACACGCUCAAGUACAGAGGCAGCAUGUGGGGAUACAAACGAUUUUUUAGAAGAAAUCUUUUAGAAGCUUCUGAUUAUUUAAAGGAUGACUGCCUUGUCAUGUACUGCAAGGUUGGAGUUGUCAGAAAUCAUCUUGAGUGCCCAAAACUACGUGCUAUUUCUGUACCACCCUCAGACAUGGGUCAAGGUUUUAAGACCUUGAUAGAAUCUGAAGUUGGUUGUGACGUAGUUUUUCAGGUUGGCAAUGAAAUGUUUAAAGCUCAUAAGUUGAUACUCGCCGCCCGUUCUCCUGUAUUUAGAGCUCAGUUUUUUGGACUUGUUGGAAAUCCAAACAUAGAUAAAGUUGUCAUAAAGGACAUUGAUCCCUUCAUCUUCAAGGCGAUGCUUCUAUUUAUCUACACAGACAAGCUACCUGACGUAGAAGAAAUUGAGAGCACAACUACUUGCUCAUCCAGUGUCAUGGUUCAGCAUCUGUUGGCUGCCGCCGACCUAUACAAUCUGGAUCGACUUAAAGUAUUAUGUGAAUCAGAAUUGUGUAAAGUAAUUAAUAUAGACACAGUGGCGACAAUUCUUGCCCUAGCUGAGCAGCACCAUUGUCCACAGCUUAAGGCUAUCUGUUUAAAGUUCACUGCAAAUGCAGAAAACUUGGGAGCGGUAAUGAAAUCUGAAGCGUUCAGGCAUUUGGAGGGGAGCUGCCCCUCGUUGUUGUCAGAGCUGCUGGCAACAUUUGCAUCAAUGGACGAGAACUCGAAUUCUCUGUCAAGUAGGAAGAGGAGUGGCAGCAGUACAUUUGGGCAAGAUCUUGCGGCAGAUGGGGCUGAAGCAGAAUCUGCUAAUCCUAACAGCAGGCGCAUGAGAAGGCGAUUGUAGUGAGGUGCCUUACAAUCAAGUAUACCUGAAAGCUGUCUCAUAUAUAUAUGUUCUUUCUGAGAGUUGAAAUCUGUCUCCCGCUACCAAAUUAUCUAGUAAAAUUAUUUUUAGGCACCUUUGAAGGUUUCAUGUAAAUCGAAUGGCUUCGUGGUGUUAUUUUCUGUAAA